ACCCCCAAUCUCCUUGUCCGCAUGAAGGUUGUUCAAACGCCUUGGAGACGCUGAUUCCAUUCCUGUCGGCAGGUCCCAAAUCAGUUCCUGCAACUUUCUGCGAGCACAACUACCCUGCGCGCCGUGAAAUAAUAUUCUCCGGAUUUAUCUGACCCUUGUCGGGGAUUAUCCACAUGGCCACUCCACCUCAAUAUAAUGAUGGACGGAAGUCCCCCGCCGGCCGAAAAGCCCCCCAUGCGCUGACAACCACCUUUUUCAACAAGUCCAAGAAGGGCGGGGAAGCAAAGAGCCCGACCCUGCAAUCUCCAACAAUGAGGAGCAACUUUCCACCUGGAGCUGGCCAUGGUGAGGGAAAUGACGAUCUUAGGACGGAGCCUAUCACUAUCCCUCAGUCCCCCAGCGUCGCAUCCAACAGGCCGAAGAAGCUUGCCCCAAAUUCCUUCAACACCCAUUACCGGACUAUAUCGAGAUCAAUGAACGAUCUGGGGAAUAUAUUUUCUCGGGGGAGGUCCCCGCCAAACAGGGAACCUUCUCCACGAAGAGGUGGCAGUGGGCCGUUAAACCCGCUACCUGAAGGGAGGAGAAAAGGCGCACCUGAUUCGUCGCCCCGCCUCAGACCAAUGGAGAGUGGAAGUGUUCCCUCAAUUUCUGUUAUGCAGCACGGAGAGCACUUUCCUAAAGAUCAAAUUGUGAAGGAGGGAUGGAUUAAUAUGAUCGAUUCUUUAUCAGUUAAGAGGGGUCCACUCCGGGAAGCUUGGAAGUUACAGCAUGCCGUGAUAACUGGUGGACACUUCGUGUUGUACAAACCUUCAUCUAGUCUUCAAAUCAGGGCCUUCGACUUAAACGCAGUCCCAUCGAGUCCUCCCAGACCACAAAGUGCCCCGGCAACUGCAUCCCCUACGUUUAAUGCCUCCGCCCUGCGCCACAAGAGUACCUCAAGACACCCAGAGAUUGUUGAUGACGACCAUGGAAGAGUAAAAGGAGGAACUGUGGAAGCUCUGUGCCAUGAGCUCAUGUUUACCGAGAACGAUGGCUUUGUGCAAGGGGCGACGAGGACCUUACCCGGGUGGACGAGUCCGGAGACAGCUUUAUCAGUUUUGACCGAGCUCUCAACAUUGAAGGACUUAUCCCCUAGGAUCGCACACGUCCUGAGCUUAUUAGUGGAUUCUGCCCCUGGGUUGCUCCUGGAGCCUGGUUGUUACAAUACUGCUAGACUUUUGAUUGAGAAGGGAAUCACGCCUCAUAACCCGGGGCUUGCCAGAGAUCUUAGGGCGGGAAUUGAAGCUAGGGCCGCAAGUUUACAAGAAGAGCUGAGCUUGCUAAGUAAUUCUAAUAAAGGUAAGCCGGUGUUCGGUUCUGUAGUUUUGAACCUUGCUCACCCUUUGAUAGAACCGUCUAGCCCGCAUCCAGAUGCCUUCAGUACACUGUCAACAAGUCUUACCACCGACGAGUUCAUGCGGGUUAACCCAGAGAUAUUCGCCGCACAGGUUCAUUUGUUCCAUUUGAGGUAUUUGAGAGUGUGGAAUCCCGAGAACGAUAUCUCCCUCUUACUUGCUUCCCCACACUUACCACCACCCGUGCAUCGUAACCCUUUGAUAUUCACAACUUCCAAUAUGCAUUUCCUUGGGGAUAGGGUGUUAUCCCAGGUUUUAUCUGGGGAUUCAGCUUUGUCUGUGGAUCGCCGUGCAACUGUUCUUUCCCAAUGGCUGAAGGUUGCCAAUUUGCUACGGAAGAGGGGCGAUAUGGCUGGAUACAUGGCAGUGACGAUGGCCAUUCUUUCCCCACCUAUCUUGCGUUUGAGGGAGACCUGGAGCUUGAUUGAAAAUUCUUUGUUUGAGGAUAUAGAAUAUGGCGCGAGUCUUAUGCGGGUUCUGGAACGAAGGCGGUUGGAGGAGGGCGAGAGUAGCUGCGAAGGCUGCGUAUUAGUUCCCGAGGGUGGCAGGGAAGAGAUACCCUUUGAAGAAGUUGUGCCGUAUUUUGGGGACCUGUGCCAUUGCAUGGACGAAGCGUACGAGAGCCGAGUCCGCAAUGUGGAAUAUCCUAAAUUUGUCCAAGCGACCAACGCCAUUUCAAGAGCCUUGGAGAAUUGGAAAGCAGAAUGGGCCAACGCUAGGCCGUAUUUCGAAGUAGGGGGUGCUAGAGUUUCGAAAGAGGUGGAGCAAUUGCAGAAAUGCUUGAGUGCUCUCAAUAUGAAUAAUACGAAUCCCCCAUCUGCCAAUUCGACAUCAUCUUUCGAUAUGUCUCUGGCCUGUGAACCAUCCUCGACAGGGGUCUAUCUACUAUCACAUUAUCACCAACGUCUCCCUUUGAGCACAGGCGCAAAUGUGCCGCUUGUAUUCACGGAUGUGCUCCCUAGCUUCUCACUUUUUGCGAGAGACGACGCCCUGGCGAUCUCAGGUUCCCUCCAUAAAAAGACACCAAGUUCUGGAUUAGCAUCGCCUAGUUAUGGCCCUGGGGGACAGCAAACCCACCAUCACCAUCACCAUCACCACCACCACCAUAACCAGCCUGGGCCUUCGCAGUCUAACCAGAACCUGCGCCCACCCACUUCGUCAUCUCAUCAGCCAUCACUUAGGAGGACACGGUCUUUCCCACCAGCAAAAGAUACCGCUCAAACAACCGGAUACGAUGAAUUGGAUUUUACGACCCGAGAACGUACGGCGGGCUUGCAGGGCGGGGACGAUGCGAUGCUCCGUGCGAUCAGAGACGUUGCUGGCGUGGGGCAACAGCUUUUUUACUCUAAGGACGGCGAGUUGGUCUUGAAAUCAAUCACGGACGAUGCCAACACUUCCAGGCCUUCGAGCGUGAUAGAAACUACGUCUAAGAGAGUGAGCGGUGCGUCUAGGAGAAUGUCUGCUCAGUUCUAUAGUGACGCCGCGUCUCCCCGUAUGUCUGAGCAGUUGGAUGGUAGUAUGCCGCCCACGCCUGCCCGUGAAGAAUUCGCCCGAGAAGGGUUCGCACUAGAUAACCGCCGCUACUUGCCCGUGGUUCCUAAGGGAGGGACUCUUGAGCGAUUGGUUGAUAUCCUUGUCCUGGGUGUGGAGGACUUCAGCAGGCGAAUGAAUGGGCCGGAUCCGGAGUCCACCGCUGAGAAUGCACCUCUACUCCGAAUGAAUAUGGAUGUGUUUACGAUUACUUUCUUUGCUACAUUCCGCAGGUAUUUUUGGCUCCUCUAUCCGCCAUGUGUGGUUGGAUCUGGAUUGGUACUGAUCCGAUUUUAGUUACUGCUCGCCUAUCGUUUUAAUCGAUUACCUUAAGAAGCGUCUAUUAGGUUCCAAAUCGGCGGCCACGAUUUCGGAUAACGAAAGCGAUGAUGUUGUAUUUCCUGAUUGGACGGGCGUAGACCACGUUAGUGACGAGUCCAUUGAUUGGAACCUCGUGGCCAAAAUUCAUAUGGGGAUUCUCGAGGCAAUGAACACCUGGAUAUCGGAGUUCUUUAUUGAUUUCCACUGCGAUCAGUCACUCGGGGACUCUUUCGUGUCUUUUCUGGCUAUUGCGUCAAAGGAACUCGCAUACUGGAAACAUCUAGGACCGGAACAUGGGUACCUCCGCAGACAGGCGGAUCAGAUCAAUAGUCUUUGGCACGAUGUUAGGGGAAAGUUCUCCAACCUCAACUUCUCGCCCUUACGCUACCAAACGCAACGGAUGAGUUCGCCGCGUGGGGACCUUCAAAUCCCGCCCUUGACCAAUAUACCAGCUAUUGAAGACUUUGUCAACUCAUUAGAGGCGAAAGUCCUGGAGUCAUUUCGGAUGGUAAAGCUUGUUGACUGGAUGACGGCGUUUGAAAUGUUCGAGACGCAGAGCGCCGAAUCUCUCGGGUUUUUUGUGCCUAAGGUCGCACUUCUCUCUCAUGAUGACGACGAAGUCUUUCAAGACAUUUUCUUCGUGUUGAGGAAUAUCAGACGGGGUAACUCAACAGCCACUCUGCUCGAGAUAUUGCCAAGGCCCUUGCGAGAGCUUUGCAACCUGCGCUCGGACAUUACCAACUGGGUUCUUGCACAGAUUAUAGACCCCCAACUAAACGCCGAUCGAAGGGCUCACCGUAUCGCAACACUUCUCAGAUGCCUCACAAUAUCUCGAAAGCGCAUGUCGGGGAUGGACCUUUAUGAGGACACCAGGGGCGGGACCCGACAACAAGUGCCGUCUUUGGUUGCUAGCGCAAUCGCAGCAGCACUUGUCAGGCCGGAGAGUCGGGUCUUUAGUUAUGCUUGGAUGAUGGGAGUAAGGAUGACGGCUGGGGUAGUAACCCAAAUCGACACCCUUGAACAGGUUAUUGUCGAGGGACUUGAGGGGAUACGAUCCUCAAAGCCUCUUACACCCUGUGUGGGAUGGAUAAUCGAGAGGCUGCUUGAGAUUGUAUGUUACGUGCCAAACAUGGUUGUCGAGAACAAUCGUUUGAUCAACUUUGAUAAACGCCGUUAUGUCUACAACUUUAUCAAUAAUUUCACCCAUGUCAGCUCUGGGGCGCCAAUUGAUGAACACCUUUCGGCCUGCGCGGACAUUUCAUUGCCAUAUCUUCGUCUUCCCGAAAUGCGAACCUUAAGGGAAUCAGCUGCUAAGGAAAAUCAUCCGAUCAGGCAAAGCAGGAUCAAGGUGUUCUGGAAGUUACUGCACCAAGAACAAGAGAAGCUUAGACGUGAUGCGAAACAGCGUGAUGCGAUUGAGAGGCAGCAGCGUCAGCAGCUCCGUGCAGAGCACCGCCGACAGCCCACUGCUCUUAACCUUCAACCUGCUGAUAAGAGGAGUAAUAAGAGGCUGGGUGUAAAUUCUAUCUUUAAAGCCGUGCGGCCCAUCUCGAUGGCAUUGGGUGGAUGGACCCCUCCUCAAUCUUCUGCACGAACGGUCGCUCCUACGGACUUGCCUGCGUUGAAAGCUAUUGAGCACGGGAAAAAACCGUCAAUCACUAUUGACUUGGCCAGCGUGGCUUCAGUUUCUUGUCCCAAGACAACCCGCGACAGGUACAUCUGGAAAGUUCGCACAGAUCAUGGGGUUUCAUAUCUCUUCCAGGCCUUGUCUGACAAAGACUUGGAAGGAUGGCUUCGGACAAUCGCGACCAUCCGUGGUAUCAACGCCACUGAUGCUACGGAGUCCAUUGAUGGCCUUACUCUUAUGUCCCAGAAUCGUGUGCCUCAGCCUGUGUUUGGUGUGUCUUUGGAUGACUUAUGCAGGAGGGACCAUGUGAAGGUGCCCAUAGUGGUUGAGGCUUUGCUCACUGAGAUAGAAACACGAGGUUAGUCUUGAGCCAUCCAAUUACUGCAGGGCGUGAGGACUAACAAACAUAUCGCUAGGUAUCGACGAGGUUGGCAUCUACCGAGUACCUGGAUCCCUCUCAAGCAUCAAUGCACUGAAAAAUGCUCUUGAUUCUGGGGAAGAGGUGAGAAUGGACGAUGAUAGGUGGUACGAUAUCAAUGCCAUCGCGGGUGCAUUCAAGCUUCUGAUGCGUGAGCUCCCAGACAAGGCGCUUGGCGACGAAGCGCUGUACGAACUUAGGAACAUAACUUGUAGGUUCUCACUGUUGAACUUUAAGUUGACAAAAUACUCACAUGCGAUAGCUGAUAUUACGGAUGAUGAUCAACGGGCACUUGCUUAUCGAGAUGUUAUGCUUCGAUUGUCUGUUAAUAACUAUAACUUUCUCCGUCGCGUUUAUACACACUUUGCCAGGUAUGUUCCUAUCAAAAAGAACAAGCGAUUUAAUGCUAAUAGCUUUAUAGAAUUGCAAGUAAUGCAGCGAUCAACAAGAUGCAUGCGGUCAAUCUUGCGAUAGUGUUUGGUAUGGGGCUUUCUCCCGGCUCCCUAAAUAUGCCACUCGGCGUAUCUCCGGACUUGGGUCUUUAUCAAACCAUGGUCAAAGUCUGGAUCACCCAUGCCGAGCUGGUUUUCCCGGAAGUUGAGGACUAUGAGGACCGAGAAUCAGCAUCAGCGCCAGUUAGCAAGGCCGAGUCGGUUGAGAUCCAGUCAUCCGAACCCUCAUCCCCGGCCAUAGAGUACUCGUCGCCCCGCAUGAGCCUCGAUGAUAGUCGCCCUCGUCUCUAUGUUGAAUCCGAUAAGGGUUCCGUAUAAGUUGCUGAUAGUGCAUUCGGCUGGUCGUUACAACAAAUCUGUGGUGAUCGAUUUGUGGGGCAGAGGGGUAGGGGGAGAGGGGCAGGCAAACCUGGUUUCCUUUUGUUUUCAAAAAGUUUGGUGAGGGUGUAUUUUUUUUCUUUCGCUAUUUCUCAUUCAUUAGAAUGUACUCGUUUUUCCAACCUUUUGCUCGUUACCAUUUGACCGUUAUCACACUUGCUACCAAGAGGAAAAGGAGAGUUAUUUGGCGCCUGGGUAUGGGUUAUCGCGCUUGUAUUUGCGCUGGCAAUUGCAUCGCAGAGAUUGUUUUUCGUUCAGUUACUCGCUCUCGUUUGCCUCUAGUAUGAUAUCAAGGUGACUUAUUAUACUUCUCUGUGGCCAGGAUGCUAUUUUUGACUUUUCGACUUUUCCUUCUUCCUCUUCACUUUCCAACUGGUAUUCUACUGGAGUAUGCGUGCACGCUGUUCCAGAGUUGUACACAGGAAGGCAGCUCGGGCCACAUGUGCUUGUACGAGCGCUCGUACCGAUACACUGUAGUAUAAAAAGGCGGAACGAGUAAUCUACGUGUGAAGAUGAAUACUGUAUAGCUCAAUACGGUACGAGUGAAUAACUUUGGUAUGGCUUUAAUAUGGCUAGAAGCGCGAGUUGAGCAACCAGGAGCAUCCUCGCUAAACUGUAUCAUAGACCUGGAGUCAGUGUAAAAUCAUGAAGCUGUAUGGAGAGUUGAAGGAAGCGAGGGGUAAGUUAAAAGGGCAGAGGAGGCGCUGUCGUCCCUCCUCUCACUCCCAUAUCAUACUUGAGUAGCCAGAAGUGAAAAGAAAAAAAAAAUUUGUGGCGCGUGCAGCCUU